AUGCGACGAAGCGACAGGUGCGAUGCCGGCCAGCUGUGCCAGUUCGUCGGCGACGAGGGGGGGGCUGCCGCGGCGCGGAUCAAUGGCAUCACGAUCCACUCCGCCUGCGGGUUUAGCAAGGACCAAGGGGCGGGCGCGAACACGGCCAAAGAUCUCGACGGGGUGCGGCUGCCAAAACGGACGGAGCGGUUCAUCCACGGGCAGUCUCGGAUGAGCUGGCACGAGAAGGACGUGCUCGUCAUCGACGAGGUGAGCAUGCUCGGAUCACGGACGCUGCACGCCGUGAACGAGCAGCUCUGCCGGCUUCGCGGAUCGCCGGAAGAUUUGGGGGGGAUCCCCAUCGUUCUCUUCUGCGGGGACUUUCAGCAGUUCCGGCCGGUCAAGAGAGACAACUCGUUCAGGGCCGAGCAGCGGCACCAGCACGACAAAGCGCACGCGCUGUGGAAGAGGUUUACGACGGUCGUCAUGUUGGACGAGCAAAUGCGAGCCGCCGGGGAUCCGGAAUUGCAGGGGCUGCUGAAGCGAAUCCGACUGGGCGUGCAGGACCGCACGGAUCUAUACCUCCUCAACUCAAGGUGCUACCGGGAGGGCAGGCGGAUCCCGUGGGAGGCGGGCAUCACCGUGCAACAGUCGAUGAUGCGCAUCUUCAUCUCCGAGCAUAAGUGGAAAGAGGAGCUGCCGACGGAGAAGGAGGCGAUCAUGAUGCUCAACCAGGGCGACGACAGCGCGAUCCCGGUGCCGGCCAUCUUCAUGUUCGUGGCCGGGAUGCCGGUCGUCGUGAACCACAACACCCAUCAGGGGCUGAAGCUGGUGAACGGCGCCAGCUACUCGGCGGUGGAGGUCAUUGUCGACAAGGCGUACCGGGACAUCGGAUCUCGGCCGACAUGA